AUGAUAAAAUAAUUCCAAAAACUUUUUAAAAUAAAUUCUCAUAUAUAAAACUUUAACAAACUACCAAAAUAUAAUUUUACUUCGACCGAAAUAUUAAAAAGACUACGAGACGAAACCGGAUCUCCAAUAAUAAAUGUAAAAAAAGCUCUAGAAGAAUAUAAUGGAGACUUCGAAAAGGCAAAAAAUUACUUAAUUGAAAAAGGUUUGGCUUCAGCUUAAAAAAAACUUAGUAAAGAAACACGAGAAGGUGUCAUAGGUAUAUAAGUUUCCGAAAACAAAUAAUUUGCUUAUUUUUAGUUUAAUUGUGAAACUGAUUUUGUUGCUAGAAAUGAACUUUUUUAAGAUUUCGUAAAUUCAGUAUUAAAUAGUGUUUUAAAAAAAGAAAAAAGCAUAAAGUUUAUUGAUGAAUCUUCUGAAAAUUAAAAAGAAUAAAUGAACAAAUUUUAUUAAGAAAAUUAUAUAUAAGGAAACCUUACGGAAAAUAAAUAAGAAAAUAUGGAUAAAAUAAGAUAAUUAAUUAUUUCCAAAUUAUAAGAAAAUAUUAAUAUUAGAAAAUUAGGGACUUUAUAAUAAACGGAUGGUAUUAUUGGAUUAUAUGUACAUAAUAGCCUUAAAUAAGGUAUAGGAGGUAGAGGAUGCCUUGUUUCUAUAUAAGGUUUAAAAAAUAGUAAUGAAAACGCAUAAUUUGCUGAUAAUAUUGCACUUUAAAUAUUGGGAAUGAGACCUGAUUAUAUAAGUAUUGGAGAUAUCCCUAAAGAUGUAUUUAAUAAAGAAGUCAAGAGAGUUAAAAAUGAAUUUGGGGAUGCUUUAAAAGGGAAAAACUAAUAAGUUGUUGAAAAAAUGGUGGAGGGAAAAAUGAAAAAAUUCUAUGAAGAAAAUGUUCUUUUGGAAUAAUAAUUGUUAGUAGAUUAAGGAAAAGAUGCAAAAAAUAUAGGAGAAUUAAUAAAAAAUAUAAAUAAAAAAGAUAAUGGAAAUAUUAUAAUCAAAGAAUAUAUAGUUUGGGCAGUUAAAUAAUGA